UAACACCCGGAGAUGGACGUUGUCGGACCUCAGGGAGGACGUGGGGCUACCGUCCGGGGCCAAGGCAGCAGGGCUCCUUCCAGGCAGGGGGACUUGGGCCCUGGGUCUGAGUCAUCCACUUCCUCCACUCUGGAUUGGAGGGCCAGCACCCCUCCUCCGACCCUGUCUUGCUCUGUAAGGAUAAAUGGGUGGGGGAAGCCCGGCUGGGGAAACAGCAGCAGGGACAGGCCAAGAUGCCCAGUCUACUGGUGCUGGCACUGCCCCUCCUGGUGAGCCUGGUCCACUCGGCCCCUGUCCCAGGCCAGGCUUUGGAGAGAGCGGGCAUCAUUGGGGGUCAUGAGGCCCCUUGGAACAUGUGGCCCUGGCAGGUGAGCCUGAGAGUCAAGCAUCAGUACUGGCAACACAUCUGCGGGGGCUCCCUGAUCCACCCCCAGUGGGUGCUGACCGCGGCACACUGCAUCGGACGGAUGAAAGUACCCCAUGCAAGGUUCAGGGUGCAGCUGCGGGAGCAGCACCUCUACUACCAGGACAGGCUGCUGCCCGUCAGCCAGAUCAUCCCCCACCCCAACUACUACAUAGUUGAGAACGGGGCGGACAUCGCCCUGCUGGAGCUCGAGGACCCUGUGAACAUCUCCAGCCACGUCCAUCCGGUCCCCCUGCCCCCUGCCUCAGAGACCUUCCGUCCAGGGUCACAGUGCUGGGUGACAGGCUGGGGCAAUGUGGCCAGUGGACAGCCCCUGCCACCGCCGUUUCCCCUGAAGCAAGUGCAGGUGCCCAUCGUGGAAAACAGCGUCUGUGACGAGCAGUACCACGCUGGCCUCUCCACCGCAGACGACUUCCCAAUUAUCCUCGACGACAUGCUCUGUGCCGGGAGAAAAGGACACGACUCCUGCCAGGGUGACUCUGGAGGGCCCCUGGUCUGCAAGACGAAGGGCACCUGGCUGCAGGCAGGCGUGGUCAGCUGGGGUGAAGGCUGUGCUCAGACUGAAAGGCCAGGCGUCUACACCCGUGUCACCUCCUACUUGGACUGGAUCUACCAGUACGUCCCCAAGAAGCCCUGAGCCCGGUCCUGGGGGCCGUCACCGGGGUUGGCGGAGAAGUCAGGCCCCUGCUGUCCCCACACCACUACUUCCUGCUGGGGUGGUGCCAUACCCACACCUGCCCUUGCCCCCUGUGCUGACCCACCUGCCCUGAGCCCCUCCCUGCCUGGCCCAGGGUGCAGGCAGGGAUUACUAAUCCUCAUUAAAGUGCAUCGUGAGCAGACAUGGUG